CACGCCACACCACCGCCCACCUGCUAACAAGAAAAUAAAAAAAAAGUCCACUAAACUGGCCUGCUUGUCUGGCCGCGGACCAGCUCACUUGACUCGCUAAGAACGCCCAUUGUUCGUCCAUCAUGCUUUUUGGGCCCUGGCCUAGCAAGCUUUAACUAGUCUAGUGUUUCCAUAUAUGCCCUGUCAAAAACGAUUUUUCGGUUUCUGUUGUUGUUGCUACCGUCCUCUGCCCAGCUCUUCUCCUCUGCCAUCUUUUUUUCAUCUGUCAUCAGCAUCAUCCAUCGCCUUGUCUGUCCUCACCCAACCCGUCGAAACGGUUACAGCAGCAAAUCAAGCCCCCUUUCUAAUCUACGACCCGCCAAUAUUUGCUGCGGCUGGUGCUUUUCUAUUGCUGGCCACUGCUGCUGCACUCUUAAAUACGACGUACGCCUGCUAGCUAAUCUGAAUUCGUGAAAGGCUGCUACUGCGACUGCCAAACCCAACCCCCUUCGGCUGUAACCGGACCGCAGCUCUUCGAAACCGUUUCUCUUUACUGCUGCUUUGUCCUUGAUUCAUUCAUUCACUCGUCUCCCUUGUUUCCAGCAGACAAAUAGCCUCUUUUGUCUUUUUUUGAUUGCCAACAAAUAUACGAGAUCCACGUUUGUUGCCGUCCCUGGUCACCCGCCAAGUCUCCUUCUCGGCUUUGGCUUUCUUUAACCGCUACUGCUGCAAAACAUACGCCGCCAGCAAGCCUCACAAGACAGUAGCGCACACUAAGCCUACCGCACCACCGCAUCACAUUCAUCCAGGCGCACGCAGGUGCUGAUCGCUCACUUCCACAACCAACAUACGACGCCUUUUGCCGAUUCGGUCAUCGUCAUUGCCUCCAGCAUUGCCAUUGUUGCGACAGCGCUUCAACAAAAACGCCCGUCAACUACCCGCCCUGCCAAAGCAAGCCGCCCUCUGUCUCGUGUCUUUAACGCAACCUUUGAAUCUUUUUUUUGAGACUCGGCCCUUUCCCCACCCAUCAAAAACACCACCUCCCUUUUGCCUGCCGUCUUUUUCUAGCCUACGGUCGGCUGUUCACCUUGUUCCAUUCGCCCUACCAUGUUUACGCAGCCUGUUUCUGCGCCGCCACCUGGGCCUCAAACUUCGUCCGCUACAACCACAGUCAACUCUUCUCGCUCCAGUCGCCUCAGAGGUUUCAGCUACCUCCGCAACUACACCAGCAACCACAUCCUCUCGCGCGACCAAGGCUCAUCGUCUGGCACACCCACGGCUAAUCUGUCCCGUCGGCGUUCCGGCUCUAACCUGACACGAUCCAGCAGCUACACCACAUCACCGUCAUCCCCCACUAGCGCUGCCCUCGAUCGGUCUUCCAGCAGACUCCAGCACAUCAACUCAAACCCCGACGGCUCGCCCUCGUUAUUUAGCCAGCGUACCUCCAUCGUAGGCAUCACCUCCUCUUCCACCUCUCUUGCCGCCGACAGUUCAACCCGACGAACGCCGCCACCCUCGCUUCCAACCAGCCUAAUUGCAUCCACAUCCGCUCCCGCUCCCGCCGCACACAGUCGCGAUACUUCACCAGAAACCUCCCCCAGCCCGUCCAACAUGGCGACAACUGCUACGACGGCUACCGCCACCGUGACGGCGACCACAACAGUGCCCGCAACCACAGACGCUUCCGCACCGACUGCCGAGGCAACACCUUCGAUUCGAUUUUCCUCGUAUUACGAUCCUCGCUCCACGCGACCCUCACUCUCCUUCUCGCCCAUCACCCGAACACUCCCAACUGGUCACGAGGUGAUUCGCGUGGGUAGAUAUUCCGAGCGGGAUACCCAGACCAUGGCCAACGCGCAAGGCAACCAGGCGUCUGCUGCCCCCGUUGGGUUCAAGAGCAAGGUUGUCAGCAGACGGCAUUGCGAGUUUUGGUGCGAAGAUGGCAAGUGGUACAUCAAGGAUGUCAAGAGUUCCUCCGGCACUUUCCUUAACCAUAUCCGCCUCAGUCCGCCAUCACAAGAGAGCAAGGCUUUCCCUGUCAACGAUGGCGACAUUGUCCAGCUGGGCAUUGAUUUCAAGGGUGGCGAAGAAAUGAUUUUCCGUUGUGUCAAGAUGAGAUUGGAGCUGAAUCGCGGCUGGCAGAACAAGCUCAACAGUUUCAACGUUGCGGCACACAAGCGCCUUCGUACCCUCAACAUGGAGAGCUCAACCUCCCAGGACUGCUCCAUCUGCCUCAACUCCAUUGCUCCCUGCCAGUCUCUUUUUGUCGCUCCUUGCUCGCACACUUGGCACUUUAAGUGCAUCCGCUCACUGCUUGUCUCUCCUCAAUACCCAAUUUUUGUCUGUCCCAACUGCCGUGCCGGGGCUGAUCUGGAAGCGGACGUGGAUGAGACGUCUGAAGAAUGGCAGAUGAUGGCCGAAAAAGAAGAGCAGUCUAACGGAACACCAGCAGCAGCUGAAGUGGAGGCCGAAGCCACAGAGACAACCGCACCGCCUCCCCCAGCUGUUGUGACUCCUGACGACAUUGCCGAAGUUGCUGAGCCCGAGGCCGAAGCUGGAGAUGUCACCAUGGCUAUGGCCGCUGAUACGGCGCGCGCAGAGCCUGAACCUGCGGCAGCUACUGCUACAGUAAACAAUACGAGCAACAGCACCACGACUCAACCGGUGCCCAUCCGCAACCCUGCUUCAGGAUCAGGCCGAGGCAUUCGCAGCCGCACCACACCAUCACCACCUGGUGGUCGUGAAGGCCCCAUUACACCGCGAAACGAUGCCGGUCCUUGGGUCUUUGACGGAACCGCUGGCCGUGGUCCAGCCGUCGAUGCCAACGGUGAAAUGCGCAGCCUGGAUGCGGCUGCUAUCGAUGCGGACAUGACCAUGAAUGAUGCGAGCGAUGGAGGCGAGGCUGGACACUAAGCCUAACAUUCCCUUGCGGAAGCACAUUUUUUCUUUUACAACACUCCAAUACACAAAACACACUCUAUGACGAAAUGACGAAUAUACUUUGUAUGCUGGAUAAGAGACCAGAUACAGGCAGCAUCCAUCACCAUAACGGCGCAAGGCGUUUUUUUCUUGAAGAGCGGCAACCACCCAUGAGUGGACGACGACACAUGACAGCGUGGUUUAUUUACACAUCAGAGGGGAUUUGGAUAUAGGAUUGGGACCACCUUGUAGACUGAAUUUGGGUUUUCUUUUGUUUUUGUUUUUCUGUUACCAUUAGCAUGCAUAGCAGCACAGCAUGGUGGGUGGGUGGUGCAUCGAAGGCGAGAGACAGGGAAGAAGACUGCAUUUUACACGAGACGCUCCUUUUAGCUCAUUAAUGAGACGCCUGCGGGCGGACGGCAUUUGCUCUGCAUAAAUCAAAAGUUUCUCUUUUUUAUUGACUUAA